AUGAGUGGUGGAAAAGAACCAACCCAUUUUCAUGUCAUGGUCGUGGAAGGAGUUCAGAGUCUGACAAGAUCUAAAGAGCUUGUAACUGCCCUCAAUUGCCAUGGUAUUUCUGUUAGCUACAACAUGGUUAAGAGAAUUGAUGUUGACAUCACAGAACAGAUAAUAUCCAUGGCAGGGGACAAUAGCAUACCACUUCCUCUUGUCCUAGAAUCAUCAAGGCCACUCAACGCAGCUAUGGAUAACUUUGACCGUAACAAAAGUACACUUGCCUGCACAGAUUCCACACAUUUCCGACACCAUUCGAUGUGUGGAUAUACACUCAGAGUAACAUCACAAGCAUCAUAUUCACCUGAGUACAUUACACCAACACAGAAAAAAAUCACCAUUCUUGUUCCUUUUCAGAAUGUCCCAACAAGCAAAGAAAAUCCAUCAGACAAAAGUGAUAUAUCGACACGACCUUUUUUCCCUCAGAGCAGAACUACAGUAAAGCUUAGAUCUGACGUCAGUUGUCAACAGCUUAUCAGAAUGAGAGCAAUGAAAGAACAUGGAGAGAAUUUCAAAGUAUCGGAGUCCGUUUUCAAUCUGUAUUCAACCUUUACAGAAAGAAAUUAUCCUUCAACGUGCAAAACACCUUCAACGUGCAAAACACCUGCAACUGGCACCUCAACAACAGAAUCCACCUCUGUAACAUGAACUAAUUCAUCUUCAACGACAACAGACCUGGUUUCAUCAAUCAGCCUUUGGAAAUAGUCAAUGAAAUCGAUACGUUUGGACUACUUUCUUUGGUUGGUGAACUGCUUAAAUGGAAAGGCAGUGGAGAUGGGCUAUGUUGUCCCUGGAUUUACAACCUUGAGAAGCUCUACUUUGAAUUUCCAUGCUACCACAAAAAUUUUAACUCCAAUCCUUCCAUAUCCAGCUACCACAUACGAUGCAAUACUAACCACCAUGAUCAACUUUCAAGAUGCCUUGAAACAGAAGGUGAUUCUUACAGUGGGUUAUGGGCUGACAAGGUUGUUUAUCGAGAAAUCCCGAGAAAGAAAUGGAAGUUGAGGGAUUUGUGGUUGAUUGUCAGUCAAUCCAUUAACAUUGGUGGUGAAAUAUGGAAUGCCACGCAAGAACGAGUUAAAGCCACAGAAGAAAACUUUGACCUAUACCUAAAAGAAAUGCCUUCGAAAUCCAAGUCUUUUGCUUUUUGGAACACAUAUGUCUCCAACCUUUACCCAAUAGCAAGAGACUUUACAAAUUCCAUGUGUUCUGGAGAUUGGACAUUGUACCUUAGUGCUGUCGAGAGAGCAACUUCACUGUCUUUCUUCUUUGGCAGAACAAACUACUGUAGAUGGACACCAAUGUUUCUACAGGACUGCUAUCAACUGAAAGAUAAGUUUCUUCUCCUCUACAAAUCAUACAUGGACGGUGGAUUUGUUAUGAAUGGUAACAAGAAAGGAAGUGGAGUUCCAUUUGACCAAGCUCUGGAACAGUGUUACAACUGGCCGGCAAAAAUUAGUGGUGGCAUAAUUGGGGUGACCAGAAAGGAAGACGACUGCAGUGGCUUUGUGGGACAUCAUGAAACACAAGAAAGACCAGUAUGUUCAUCUUCUAAAGAUGCAACAUGUCGAAGGAUUGUCACGACUUUAACCAGAGUACUGCAACAAAGAUCUCUGCAUUGGUUCAGGAAAGAUACAUAUCUUCAAAAAGUAUGUUCUUCAAUUCUAGAUCAGGACAAACUUAAGAACAUGGUAACAGGAAAUCUUGAUGGAAGUGAACGUGGCUAUGUUAUUAUGUUGCAUUAAAGAAGGAACCUAUGCUAAGUUUAACAAAGAUCGAUUAAGAAGCAAGACAACAUCUAUCCAUUCAACCAUUAGCAGAAUCAAGUUGAAGACCUCAAGGAAAGCAUCACGUUUGACUUCCAAACUGGACAUCAAGGAAGAAACAAUCAAGGCCCUGAUGUGUGUAGAAUAUGCAAGUCACCGUGGUUUUACCGUUGAAGAGUUACUCCUGCAUGAGAUUACUAGUUCAGCUUUCAUUUUGGUUGACAAAGAUAGUUUUUGAGGAAGUGCACCAAAUGUCAACUUGGGUCUAAGUUAUUAAAGUUGUGUCCACACAUCAAUCCCAAAGAGCAAGAAACAACUCCAUCAACCAAUGCGUAUAUAAUCAAUUUUAUGGCUUAGGUUAGAAAAGUCCCCUUGAAGAAACUUGAACCACCUGUGAAGACAUUCCACGAUCUUGCCGUUGCCUUGACUGCUAUGAUCACCAAUACCACAUGCAACUGUGAAGAGAUCCACAUUGUUUUCGAUACUUAUAAAGAAGACAGCAUCAAGAAUGUGGAAAGGAAGAGGGAAAUCUAA